AUGGCCUUGCUUUUCCGCUUUCUACAGGCGUUCGCCUUGCUGCUUCUGACCAGCAUAGUCGCCGCUGAACACACCUCCAAUUGGGCAGUCCUUGUCUCUACCUCUCGCUUCUGGUUCAACUACCGCCACCUUGCCAAUGUGCUCUCAUUAUACCGAACCGUCAAACGUCUGGGCAUCCCCGACUCCCAAAUUAUCCUCAUGCUCCCCGAUGAUAUGGCCUGCAAUCCCCGAAAUGCCUUCCCCGGCACUGUCUACAGUAACGCAGAUCGCGCGGUCGACCUCUACGGCGACAACAUCGAGGUGGACUACAGGGGCUAUGAAGUGACUGUGGAGAACUUCAUCCGACUGUUGACCGAUCGACUCGAUGAAGACGUACCGCGCAGCAAGCGCUUGGGCUCCGAUGCUGGUAGCAAUGUGCUGGUUUACAUGACCGGACAUGGAGGCGACCAAUUCCUGAAGUUUCAAGACGCCGAAGAGAUCGGCGCGUGGGAUCUUGCGGACGCCUUUGGACAGAUGUGGGAGAAGAAGCGAUACCAUGAGCUGCUUUUCAUGAUUGAUACUUGCCAAGCCAACACAAUGUACACCCAUUUCUACUCACCUAAUAUCGUGGCGACCGGCUCCAGCGAGAUCGACCAGUCUUCCUACUCCCACCAUGCGGACAACGACGUUGGUGUCGCUGUUAUUGAUCGCUGGACAUAUUAUGUUCUCGAGUUCCUCGAGACGCAAGUGACAAGCGUCACUUCCAAACUCAACUUAGGUGAUCUGUUCGAUUCCUACGAUGAGUCGAAGAUUCACUCUCAGCCAGGUGUCCGAUGGGACUUGUUCCCUGGAGGCGAGCAGGAAGGUCGUCUGCGCACUGUGGUGGACUUCUUUGGAAAUGUUCAGAAUGUCGAGGUUGAGAAUGCGAAUGCGACUGAGCCUGGUUCUCUCAAGGAGGAUUUGGCUGAGAUCGCGCGACUUGUGGAGAGGUGGCAGAAGCGCGACGAAGAAUACUCCGCCAUCCUCGGGGGUUCCUCCCGGAAUAUCACCGGUGACACUCGUUCAUCAUCUGUACAUCUGAAAUCAAAGACUACUGUUGGGCCGACCAAAAUGGCCGAGGAAAGCAGCUGGGGCAAGCGACUAGUUGGCAUCUCUGUCGUUGGGGCAUGCACUGCUGUCUGGGUUGCUGGGUCAAUUUUGGGCCGCUCGUCUAUUUAA